AUGUCCCUCUUUGCCACCAUUAAAUGCUACUUGGCCUGUGCUGUCCUCGCAUGGGCAAUCUAUCAUGUUUCCACCGAAUGCCCGCUUUCCAGCCCAUUGCCAUUGCCACAUGGUGAAAAAGAUGCAAUGUGCCGUCACGCUCAUUCCGCCUAUGUUUACUUGAAGCCAUACACAGAUCCAUGGACUCCAUAUAUCAGUGAAGGCUAUGAAGUUGUCCAUUCUUUUGUUGAGGAAAAAUGGACCCAAUUGAAGGACAGACUAGACAACGAGGAGCUUCUCAACGAAAAGAUCGUCAAGGAAGAUGACAAGGAUUCUGGUGUUACAACCCCUGCAGAAGACGUUGUUGAGCCAACACAUGACUACACUGGUUCCAAUGUCAUUCCACAAACCCCUGAAGAUGUCCAGAAGGAAAACGACAUUGAGACUACGGAAGAAAAUGAACCAAUUCCUCAAGAGACUGUAAUUGUUGAAAACACUGAACAAGCUGAAAGCGAAGAGAAGAAACAUGACUUGAAGAAGGACAUCAAAAUUUUGGCUGAAGAAGUCAUUGUUGACGAAGCUGUCGUUGCUGCCGAAGCUGUUGUAAAUGGUUUAUAA